UCCACACCCACACCCAAGGAUACCCUCACUGCUUCACUGCUGCUGUUUCCCACACACUGCCUUGCUUCUUUCCUUUUCACUUUCUGCCUUUAGAGAAAAAAAUAUUAAAGCUCUCUGGGGAAUAUAUGCUCACCUGACCCUGUUGUUUAGACUUUUUUGGACACUCUUCAUUUCUCCAUCCUUUCUCUCCUACUUUGCUGCUACCUGUGGAGGUCCCUCGGUUCUCCGGUUCUACAGCGCAGAGAGGAACCAUGCUGGGUUUGGACGUGUGCGAGUUCGGGGGUCAGGUGCUGGAGCUGCUGUGGCUGACCAUGUGCUAUAACGGUCUGCUUGCUGACAAGACUCAUUUGGCCAUAGAGGAGGAGGAGGAUGACAGGAACCUCAACUACAAUCCUCCGGCACAGAAGACACUGCAGGAGAUUCAGGAAAUGGACAAAGAUGAUGAAAGUCUGGUGAAGUACAAGCAGACCCUGCUGGGGCCAAAAGCAAUGACUGCAGAUGCCUCUGAGCCUAACGUCAGAGUGACCAAACUGGUCCUGCUGUGUGACGAUACUCCUGAACCGGUCGUCAUGGACCUCACAGGAGACCUGAAUGCUCUGAAGGAGACUGCCUUCACCUUACAGGAAGGAGCCAAAUACAGGCUGAAGGUUUACUUUAAGGUGAACAGAGAUAUUGUGUCUGGCUUGAAGUAUCGACAAGUGACCUACAAGAAAGGAGUAAGAAAGAACACUGCAGUCUGCAUGAUGGGAAGCUACGGCCCACGAGCAGAGGAACAGGAGUUCCUGAGUCCAGCUGAUGAGGCACCUAAAGGGAUGAUGUCCCGAGGCCAGUAUUUGGUCAAAUCCUGCUUCACUGAUGAUGACAAGAAUGUCUACCUAUCUUGGGAAUGGAUCCUCAGCAUCACAAAGGAUGGAAUUUAACAGGGAGUGCCGGGAAACUGAUGGCAAACAUUGCUUUUUAUCCAUCAUAUUUUACCCAUGUCAACAUUUUCCUCUCUAAUUGCAUUCGCCAAAAAAUAAAACUCUGUUCACGGUUCUGUUUUUACAUAAUUCUCCAUGUGUUCUCCAUCAAUCCUAACUAAUUUUUUUCUUUUACCAGAUUUUUGCCUUAUCUUAUCAUCAUAUGGAGUCAGUUUGGUCGGUGUUGAGCACAUGGCAGGAUGAUAUUUACCAUGAAAAUAUGUAAAACAAUAGAUGUGGCUGCCUCCAAGAUCAGCUCAAUUUUUGUGCUUGACAGUCAAGAGGGUGAAAAAACUGAGAAAGAAAAUAACACACACUGUAAAAGAGAAUAAGUGAUUGAAAUAAACCCUCUUAAACACUAAGGAAAAACUCUGGAAGAUAAGACUGUCAUCUAAAUCUAGGUUCAUAUGCUGGGACACAGCUCACGGAGGCAGAAUGGUGUUAUUUUUAGUAAAAUGUAAAAUAUGCUGUACUCUAAACACAUAGUUACACAUAUUAUUUGCUAUUUACACCAUUAAUCCAGAUGCCGAACUCUAAUAAGUGUGCAUAAUGAAAGCAGGAAAAGAAAUCCUCCUUACAGCUGUUGAUUGCUUUGUGCAUCAUUGACCUGUGUAACAUUUAGAUGCUUCAGCGAAGGAAAGUUCCAGCGAUAUUUUCUGUCACAUGUCUUUUAACUAGUGUACAUAGUGUCUUUUCAGUAGAGUUUUAGCGGUGUAUCAGGGGUUAGGGUCGGGAGAAAAUAGUCUAUUGUACUUAUUUUAUUUGAAUUAUUUAAAAUAGGGACUUCCAGAUAUUUUCAGGAAGUUAAAUAAGUAAACUCAAUAGCACAGCUAAAAGAAAACUCUUUGACCAAAGUGAUGCAGAAUUUCUCAAAUAUUCACACUGACAACAAAACUGUAGCACCUGAAAGAACUUACUUAGUACUUUUUAAUUAAUAGAACAUGAUAGCUUGCAAUUCUCAUUAAAUUCAAUUCCAAAAUGCCUUUUUAAACCCAAAGGACAUUAAAUGUUGUUACAGAGAUUUAUUGACUGAAUUGUUGUAGAUGUGAAUAGCUGGAGGCAGGAAGAAUCUCCUAUGACGUUCAACAGUAUGAUGAAGAGGGUGCACAGGGUUAUCCAUUAUGUUCCCCAUUUUAUACUUAUUUUCUAAAUAACGUGGAAACGAAAAUCAAAAACCGGCGAGUGAAAAACAAAUCGCAAUAUAUUAAUACAUUUCUAUCCUGCUUAAUCAUGACUUCAUGGAACUCAACUUUACAUCAUUUUCUAAGGUGAUACAAGCAGGAAGCAGAGAAUGGAUAUAAUCAAAUAACAUAAAGCAUGAGUCAGAUGUAGUUUGGUCUGGAGCAAAAACAAGGAUUUCAGGGUUUAAUAAUCUGACUUUCCUAAAACUUUCCUAUUCUCUUUUCCUCCAAAAUUACCUUUUUAAAGCACUUAAUGUAAGACAUGAUAUUUAGAAACCCCAUCAGGCUUGAAAUGUAUAAACAAACAUGUUUAGUGUAGCACUAUUUUUGUAAUAUUGCACUAAAUGAACUGAAGGGAAGCAGAAUAUAGCAGAAACUAAAUGGCCCCAAAACUGGACUCUGAGGAACACCAUAAGGUAGACCUGUCAAAGAUUUGUAAUUCAAACCCUAUGAACUAUGGUUUUCAAGAAUGUAGCCUUUUUUCCACUAGAUUUUUUUAAGGGAAGUAUCAGAGCACAAGGGGACAAAAACAAUAGUCUUUAACGUAAAAACACUCUAUUAUUUCUAUCUCAAAUAUAUGUUAGCUUGUAUUCCCUAAUAAAAUCCUUGGCUUUAUGGCUGUGAUGUUACAAAAUGUGGGGAUGUUCAAAGAUUAUCGGUUGUUUUUCCAUGCUUGUUCAAUAUUACAACAUUGCAAAACCUUCCCCAUGUUGUCCGACAUCGUGUUU